CCCCCCGCUCCCGUUGCCCGGGCUAUGUUUCCUGGGGGGAGACGCCGCAGUAGAACUCUGCGAGCCCAAAUCGGUCGUCUCGAAUCUUCUUAACUCUCCUCUCUGGAGCUUCAGAGUGCGGCGGGACAUGUCGCUCCACCCGCCGCGGAUCGUGCAGCUCUCCGCCGCCGCCGGCUCCCUGGCGGUGGUCUUCGGCCCCGACGACGACGACGACGACGAGGAGGAGCCGGCGCAGGAGAGCCGCCGGACCCCCGCCACCGGGCCGGAGGUGUUCGCCGACUUCAAGGCGCAGAACAUGCGCAGCUUCUGGAAUCGACGGCUGGUGCGGGCGAUGGGCGAGGUGCGCUUCCAGGGCUGGAUGGACAACUUGGUGCUUCUCAUCCGGGGAAGCGCGGCUAGCUUGGAGGUGCUGAGGGAAGCGUGGAUGCGAAGAGCCCUCAAGUCAGCCGCCGGCUUCGUCAUCAGAGCCGUGGGCGACCUGUCCCCCUUGCAGAUGUCCCCCGUCCCCCAGUCGCAGUUCAUUCCUUUGGCAGAGGUGUUGUGCUCGGUCAUCUCGGACAUGAACUCGUCCCAAAUUAUCGUCAGCCAGGAGACUCUGGUCAACCACAUGAGCAGAUCGCAUCCAGGGAUAACCAUCCCAACUCAGGACAUUCUCUACAACACAUUAGGCACUCUGAUCAAGGAGAGGAAAAUUUACCACACGGGCGAGGGCUACUUUAUCGUCACACCUCAGACUUAUUUUAUCAGCAGCAACAUGGCCAGAGAGAAGUCCUGGUGGACUUCGGACUCAGCAGACGACCCUCCCUCACCUCCUCCGAUUACCUACCUUCUGAGCAAUGACAUCCGCGUGGAGAGCACUCAGACGGCUCACUGCAAGUCUUGCAGCUGCUUCAGCCCGCUUCUGCCGGUCGCCGGUGACCCCGCCGCUAAUUUACCGUCCGCGGCGCCCGAUCAGCAUUCGGUCUCGGUUUCCGUCAGCGAGUGCACCGCCAAAAGCUUAAAGUGGCCUCGACCGUUGGAUCAGAAGACCUCGGUCCAGCAUCAGUCCACCUCCACGGCGGCAGACUGCCAGGCGAGCGAGGUCGGCAAAACCGCAGGAACCAUCAACGCCGUUUCCCGCAAAGAGAAGGACAACAAACCGGGCAGGAAGUUUGGACUCAGUUUGUUCCGGAGGAACGGGGGUAAAAAAGAGAAGCCAAAGAAGGAGUACGCAGCGUUUUCAGGGCAGUUCCCACCCGAGGAAUGGCCAGUAAGAGACGAGGAUGACCUCAAUAAUUUACCCCGUGACCUGGAACACGCCAUCAUCAAGCGCAUAAACCCCGAACUGACGGUUGACAACCUGACACGUCACACGGUUCUGAUGAAGAAGCUAGAAGAGAGGCGGGAGAAGGCCGCGGACAAAGGCGUUGACAAGGGAAUGUCAACGGACAUCCUAACGAGUUCAAAACCGAGGCACCACCACCACCACUCCAGGCCGGCGAAAAAAUCUGCUCAGAAGAGUUCUCGUAGCAAGUGGCGGGUCCACUCUUCCAGAGAAAAGCAACGUGAGAGGAUCAAGAACAAGCUUGCCGUAUGUGCCAAUGCCUAUCCAGACAGGGAAGAUUUGAUCCCCACCCGACUGCCGGUGGAAAUCCCAAUUGAUGAACCCGGAAAAGUCGAAGAUGGUCUGGACGGUAUAUCACUUUACAAGAAACGCAUUGAAAACCCUUUCCAUGCUCCGGAAACCGGAAAUCUUCCUGCUGCAGUUAGUUGGGAGCAACGAAAACCGAAAGAGGGCAGGCUCUCGGGGAGGAAAGAACGAACGUGUCAUCGUUCCAAACCGUGGGACUCUCAUCAGACCAAGCUGGGUGUAGCGGAAGCAGAACAUACGGCGAAAUCCACCACGUCUCAAGACAAGUGCGACCAGGAGAGGGAUGCCAAUUGCGAUCGCCUGUCGCGACCCGACCUGAAGCUUUGCCGAGAGUUGCCGCCGGACUACAGCUCAUCUUAUCCACAGAGCUGCACGCUGAGGAUCGAUGAUAAAAUUCGACGUCGGAUCGAAGGAGGCGGAGCGGAGAGCUGGGAAAACCCCCAACUGAAAGAUGGCAGGAACCAGACUUUGGACAAUGGCCUCGCAGACGUCCAUCAGGACGCCAGUUCCAAUGCAAACUUAACUCAAGCCUGGCUCAAAUCCUCUUUACAACGGAAGCAUUCGCUCAGACUACAUAAAACGCAGGAUUCCCAGAACCUCGAACCGCUUUCAACACGUCAAUACGCAAAGGACAUAAGAACAGUUACUGACACUAAAGGGCAAGGAACUGUGGGUGUGGUGGUGGAACCAGAAGUUGAUGACCUUCCCCCAGUAACAGACACCGACGAUGACUACAGACUCUAUCAGAGAGCUGACCGUCGCCACGACGAAGAUACCUGCAGUUCCCUGUGCUUGAAUGAGGAGGACAUCAUACCAAAGUACCUUAAUCCCCGCUUGGUGUAUCAUCAGUACGAUACCGAAAGCAAGCGUCAGGAAUCCCGCAGUCGCUAUUACGACUCCAGCUCUCACCAUCAACAAGUCUCAUCCAUCGACAGCCACUCAAUCACCCAGAGGGAAGCUUCGCUGAGCCCCAGUAGACCAGAGAAAACUACGUGGGGGCGUCCGCACCCUCAGCAGAGUCCUGUAUCCCCUCAAGAGGAACCAAGCUCUGGGAAAGAAGCCCUAGUCCAGAAAGGAUUACAUGAGGCCAGCCUGGAUUCGGACCACCCUGGACCUCUGGAGGCCUUUGACAGUAGCAUCUUCGACUACAGCCCAGCAAGCGAGGUCGAAUCGGACGCCGAGACUGUCCGCAAGUCUCCAGACGAGGGUGACGGCGAGUCGGCUCGCCGGGCGGCGGAACUGAAGGAAGAACAAGACCACGAGACGGGCGUUUCCCGAACCCCCGGCGGGGGUCUAAGCGGGCCCAGGGCGUUGGAAAAUGGAGACGCAGUCGAGAACCACAGCUUUACAGGAGACAGCGGGAUAGAUUCUCCACGGACCCACGUAAGUUUGGCAUCGAGCAACACGGUCAUUCUGGAGGGUCUCAAGAGGCGGGGCUUCCUCCAGAACCUGGACAAGCUGCACCCCAAAAGCGGCGGCAUUCGACCGCAGAACUCGCUGCUGCAGCUCACGCCCGUCAUGAACGUCUAACGCGGGGAACGUCGCAAAUCCCGUCGGGUUGCUUUCACCUCAAUUUCCGUGCAACUGUUUGCAAACUGCUCGUACAGAUGUUGCGUGUAUAUUUGUCCCUAUUGUAAAUAUUUUCAAAUAUGAUACGCCGUGUACGUUCCUAGACAAAAUUGCGUACCCGCUAAAUGUAGGUGGGGCGUCAACAUUUAUGGGUUGACCGUGUAUAGUUUUGCAUACAUUUCCUCUUUGGUUAAAUUGUAACUUUUUAUUAUUGUAGGAAUCGAAAACCACAAAUAAAGUUGGAUAAUAUCUUAAA